AUGGCGUUUAGGUCUCUAACAGAAAGCUUCACGUUUAUGAGAAAUAAUGCAUUCCAAAACAGAAGUUUCUAUCGUGACGAUAAAUCUGAUCAAGAAUCAUUGGUAUCCAAAUCUAAAAAUAAAGCUCCUGUCAAUAACUCUACUAAAAAGUUACGUAAUGAAUGGCAAACCACAGUCAAUUCACUUCAAUAUACGUUCAGCAUGAUACGACAAAAAAUGAAAGAAGUUAUUGCUCUUCAUGAUAGACAUCUCAUGGCUUCGAAUUUGGAUGACAACAUAGAUGAAGAUCAGGAAAUAGAGUUCCAAACUAAAGAGCUUACUCAGUUGUUUAAUCUAUCACAUAGCCAACUUGGCCAGUUAUCCAAAUUGAAACGUUCCUCAGCUAUGUGGCAACAAUCGCAAGAAGCGAAGUUGGCAGAAAACGUUGUUUGUAAUCUGGCGCGAACUCUUCAAGAUCUCUCAGUGGUAUUUCGAAAGGCACAAUCAGAAUAUCUAAAUAAACUUCGAUCCAGAGAUGAACGAAUACGUAGUUACUUAAAUAUAGAUUUAAAUAUAGGAGAUACAUCAUCAACAUCAAACAACCUGGUAAAUGAGUUUGAAGAUAGUGAUUAUGCUGUUUGGGAAUCACAAAAACAAAGACGGAGUUUAUUACUUACAGAAAAUACAAACAUGGUUGUACAACGUGAACAAGAAAUUCAUCAGAUUGUUCAGUCUAUUCAUGAAUUGAAUGAGAUUUUUCGCGAUGUUGCACAAAUGGUUGUGGAUCAAGGGACAUUAGUGGAUCGUAUCGAUUAUAAUAUGGAACAUACUCAAAUUCGAGUUGAAGAGGGUUUGAAGCACUUGACAAAAGCUCAAAGUCACCAAUCGAAGGAUCGUAAAAUGAUUGUUAUCCUUGUAUUGGCUGGAUUGGUUAUUAUAUUCGGUGUUCUACUGAUUGUUACCAAAUUUCGAUAAUUCACCACAGAGAUUGUUCUGACCACUUUUGAAAUGACCGCCAUCUUUACUGCAUUAUUCUAAAUUAUUAUUUAACAUGAAUAAAUAUGUGAUAAAAAGUUGUCUUGUUAAGUCAUUCGUCUUUCAUACUUGGUUCUGAACAAAUUUUUCAAAUGUGUUCAUAUACUACUAAACCAACUUGGUAUUAAUAGCAUCAAUUUAGAAUAACUUGAAUUAAGGUGCUGUUAAUAUUUCUUCAUUUAUAACCUUGUGUCUAUGAAAUGUUUGUGUUGUUUCAACA